AGAAGUUCGCAAAGUCUCUCCUUCACGCAAGGUCUGCUUCUCGGGCAGCUCUCGAUCGUUAUUCUCAUUGGGGCCUUCAUCAAAUUCUUCAUCUUUGGCGAUCCGCCAUCGCCCGACGUGACGGCAGCGUUGCGAGCCACCGAGCGCCGCUCGCGCACCCUCGCACACAAACGCUCCCUCCUGACGCUGCGCAGCAGCAGCAGCAGCACGACGACGACGACGACGGCCCGCCAGGCCUCGCAGCCGCUGAACAAGAAGCGGUCGAGCGUGCUGCGCAACCCGCCGCCGCUGACGACCACGACGAUCCUGAACAAGACGUACUACAAUGUGGACAGCCACCAGCCCGAGAGCCUGGACUGGUUCAACGUGCUGAUCGCGCAGACCAUCGCGCAGUUCCGCAGCGAUGCCCAGCACGACGACGCCAUCCUGACGUCGCUUACGAAGGCCCUGAAUGGGUCCGCGCGCCCCGAUUUCCUCGACGAGAUCAAGAUCACCGAACUCAGCCUGGGCGAGGACUUCCCCAUCUUCAGCAACUGCCGGGUCAUCCCCGUGGAUGAGGACGGGCUGAGCGCGGGCACGGGACGGGGAGGGGAGGGAGGGGGGGCGGGCAGGGAGCACGGGAGGUUACAGGCACGGAUGGAUGUUGAUCUCAGCGACUUCAUCACGUUGGCGCUGGAGACAAAACUACUGCUAAACUACCCCAAACCACUGGUCGCGGUGCUGCCCGUUGGGCUGGCGGUGUCGGUGGUCCGCUUCAGCGGCACCCUCUCCAUCUCCUUUAUACCGGGCAGCCCGCUGAACUCGAGCCCGACGACGCUGGCCUUCAGCUUCCUGGACGAUUACCGGCUGGACCUCUCGAUCCGGAGCCUCGUGGGGAGUCGGUCGCGGCUGCAGGACGUGCCCAAGAUCGCGCAGCUGGUGGAAGCGCGGCUGCACACGUGGUUCGACGAGCGGGCGGUCGAGCCGCGCUUCCAGCAGAUCGAGCUGCCCAGCCUGUGGCCGCGGAAGAAGAACACGCGCGGCGGCGACGAACCCAACGGCGAGCCGGCGAGCGUGAGCAGGGCGAAGGGCAAGGAGAUGGAGCGGGACCUGCGCGACGAGGCUCGGCGGGAGAUCGAGGGCGAGGCUCGGGCGCGGGCUGAGACGGAGCGGGCGGAGAGGCUGGAGCAGGAGGGGCUACGGCGGCGGCGGGGUGAGUACGCGAUGCCUGGGAGCAUGCCAGUAUAA